CCCUUUGGGCUGAAGUUGCGGCAAGACAGGCGGCUCGUCAAAUUGCCAAGACACGCGACUGACUGCCCAGGCUCAGGCAUGGCAACACUCCGCGCGCAUGCCGCCCGCUCGCACACGAGCCAGGGCUGCUGGCGCCAGGUCCAGCGGCCGCACGUGGAGCGAGAGCUCUACAGAGGCCCUGGCAGCACCGACGCGCUCCGGGAGGACAUCGAGCGCCGUGUGCUGCAGCUCCGCGGAGUCUUGACCGCGAGCAGGCCUCCGGCACCGACGCCCAAGCGCAUGAGCGAGUCGGCAACAGGAAGUGACGUCGAGGAGCUGCUGAAGAUAAAGAGGCUACUGGCGGAAAAGCUGGGGGAGGCGCGCCCAGCUCAAUCCAGCCAGGAGAAGUCGGGGUGCAGCAGGAGCCCUCUGUCAUCCCGCUCAAUGUGCUCAUCGUCUCAGGAGUCCCCGAGGCCCGUGGCCAGGGUGUUGAUGAAGGACGGCCUGGCAUAUGUGAUUAUUUGA